CAUAUCAAGCACUGAUCUCUAGCUCUAGAGAUCAGUGAUAUCAAGCUAGCUGAGCUGAGCUGAGCGCAGCAACUCUUAUCAUAAGCCUAUAUGCUUUAUUCAUCUGCCUUAGACAAGUUCCGAAUAGCUUGUAAUUUGCUCUCCUUGUCGUGGAAGAUGGCAUUCCGUCAACUUUGUUGAUGAUACUGCUCUGUCCUGUCAUGGUGUGUUAUCUAAGGAGGUUCAAAAAAUCUGCAAAGUGAUUUUGAUGUAACUGGCUCAACCGUAACGAAAUAAAAAUCAGUUUGAAGAGGAAACAUCAUGUCUACCUGGAGUGAGAAAGCAAAAGGUUUGCGAGACACCAAAGAUGUGGAUGAACUUGAGAAAAAAUAUGACGAAAUAUGCGAGUACUACGAUGAGGGAAUGCAUGAUCCACAUUUCUUAUACAACGCUCCUUAUGAAACAGCCAGGGCGGUCAUCCAGCUUGAGCCGAAUCGAAAUGUCAAGAUACUUGAUGUUGGAUGCGGUACAGGACUUGUUGGGGAAGAGCUAUUCAAAGAAGGAUACACGAAUGUCCACGGAGUGGACAUGUCUGCUGGUAUGCUGAAAAUUUGUGAGAAGAAGAAUGUCUUCUCGAAGCUGGUUCGGGCUAAGUUUGAUCCAAGCGAACCUCUAGAGUACGUUGAUGGUUAUUUUGAUGUCGUUAUGUCCUGUGGAACGUUCGUCCCCGGUGCGCAUUUGAACCAGACAUGUCUCCCAGAGAUAUUUCGCCUCCUAAAACCCGGUGGAUACAUGGUGAUUGCGACUCGACAGAAGGCUUUUGAAGAAGAGCUUGGAGGCGUUAAACUUAAAAGUACCUUACCACGUUUUGUCGAAGAGGGCGUUCUGGCGAAACUGUCGCACGAUGUGAUAAGAUACACGACAGAAAUUAACAUCGACAUUCCUGGCGUCAUAUUGUCAUACAUUUUACUACCAACACAAAAAGAGCAAAAUACCGAAUGACCGCUGGCAAGGGAAAGGUUUCAUUAAAUAUUUUUGUACAAUGUUAUUAAAUAGAUAAUACAUAAAUAGUGCAUAUGAUCACAAUAGUGCUGAAUGAUACUUUAUAUUGUGGAAAGCUCGUAUUUGGUAUUAAGCCGAAUUACUAGUAUAUAUACAUCCGAUCACUACACAUUAAAUAUAGAUUGAAAAUUAUCACAUGUUAUCAACACAAUAUCCUAUUAUUAUAUGUGCACAUAUAAAAACUUUCAGUGAAUAUGUAUAACGAAUUCCAAAACAACGAAGAUUCAAGGCUAUUCUAUAAAGUAAAAAAAAUGUCAACUGUAGGUCUACAUGUAGUUGUGUUGUCUGAAGUAUGAACAUGGGCCUACAAGAGGUCAUCAUAAAAAUGGAUUAUCCUAAGAUCAGUCAAUGAAAAACGUAAGAAAUCUUUUUAUAUAAGAAUGAGAAAACGCUCAGUAAUAAAUUAGUUAAUGCACGCAGUGUCUACUGCUUUGAGAAUGGACUGGAUAAGUAUUGGAGAUGUAAACCAGUAAAGUUCAAGUUUGAAAAGUAAAACCGAGUGGCCUCUACUGUUAUCUUGGUGCUUACGUGUGUGGGGGAGAUCGAGAUGGGAGCGUAGUGGUGUAGCAGUUUCGACCCUCGCCUUUGGCGAAGUGAUAAUCCACGCAUGGUCUCUCCCACCCAGGACAAUUGGGUAGGGUCGGUGUAAAAA